CCGUCGGGGCGGAAGGCGCGUUGCCUGGCGAUGUGGCGCGCGGCGGCGGCAGCACGCUUGGCAGCCGCGGCUCUGCAGUCAAAUCCUGUCAGAACCCAGAGAGUGGCUUCUUCGUUGGUACUGCUGGGCCUUCGCUCUCCGGGAAGCCGCGGUUGCUGCCUCAAGGGACGUCCGGCUCGGCCUGCAAGCAGAGCGCGUAUCCUUAGAACGAUAAAUACUGCAACUAUGCCUGAAAUAAACACGGAUGACUUGGAUGAACAGCAGGUACAGCUGCUAGCAGAGAUGUGCAUCCUUAUUGAUGAAAAUGACAACAGAAUUGGUUCAGAUACGAAGAAAAACUGCCACCUGAAUGAAAAUAUUGACAAAGGAUUGCUACAUCGUGCAUUCAGUGUGUUUCUGUUCAAUUCGGAGAACAAGCUGCUUUUGCAACAAAGAUCAGAUGCCAAAAUCACCUUCCCAGAUUGUUUUACCAAUACUUGUUGUAGUCACCCUCUAAGCACUUCACUUGAAUUGGAAGAAAAUAAUGCGAUUGGGAUUAGAAGAGCAGCACAGAGGCGUAUGAAGGCAGAAUUAGGAAUUCCAAUGGAACAGGUGCCGCCAGAAGAACUCCUCUACCUAACCCGAAUUCACUACAAAGCCCAAUCCAAUGGGACCUGGGGAGAACAUGAAAUAGACUACAUCCUCUUUGUGCAGAAAGACGUGACCCUUAACCCAGAUCCCAAUGAAAUCAAAAGCUACUGUUACGUGACACAGGAAGAACUGAGAGAAAUGCUGGAUAAGGCUUCCCAAAAUGAAAUCAAGAUUACUCCAUGGUUCAAACUGAUUGCAGAGACUUUUCUCUUUAAAUGGUGGGAUAACUUGAGUAAUCUGAAGAGAUUUAUUGAUCAUGAUAAGAUACACAGGAUGUAACUGCUAUGAUAAUGAUGGUCUAAAACAAUAGAAUAACUUUUAAUACUGAUCAGUGAAAUAUUUGAAACACUGUAAAAGUUGAUUGGGUUGAAAUAGGAAAGAUGAAGGGAAUUUGUUUUUCUGUUUGCGUGCGUUAAGGCAAAAGUCUCCAGCCUCUCACAUCUUCAACUUAUCAGCUAGAUUACUGAGUCGCUGUUUGUUGACAUACCUACUAGAGGAUGAAGCUUGAAUUUUCACUAUGUUACCAAGUAUGACAAAGAGUUGUCAUAGCCAGGAUCUCUAAGGUUUGUUUGUACAAGAAUGAAGUACAACAAUGUUUAGAAUAGUUAUUCUAUUCUAGGUGUCAAUUUUUUCAUGAAAUGUGACAGUUUAUAAUAUUUUGGAUAAGGACAGUAUAAGAUACACACAUUAAUAUGUAAACUUUUCUAAUAGAUUUUUCUUGAAGUAACUUCACUAGGAAUCUUGAUGUAUGAAGGAAAAUGAUUUAUCAUUAAGAAAAAAGGUGCUACUUCAAAAUUAGAACUAGUGUCUUACAAAGUGUAUUUGUUAAAAAUGAUAUAAUGCUAAUUUAGAGGAGAAAAAUAAAGUGCUCCUAAAUGGAAUGAAAAAUCAGA